UUCCGGUGCGUGGGGUGCGGUUCCGGGUCGUGGCGGGGCUCCGGUCAACAGGACUGCUGCUCAGCCGGCCAGCGGCGGCGAGCGGCGGGGGCAUGAGGGCUGGCCCGGAAAGCGGCUGCUGAGCCGGCUGGGAGGAGCGCCGGCCCCCGAGGAUUCCGAGAGUGCGCUGCUCGGGCUGGGGCCGGGAGGCGCGGGGUGCCGGGCCCUCCCCUCAGGAACGUGUCCCGGGGCCGACCCGGCCCGUACGUAGUGUGGCAGCAGCUUCAGGUGUGUCCGUGGACAAGUGUGAGAGGCACUGUACUGUACCAGGCUUCCUUUAACUGGAUCUUGGCAGAUGGUAGGUGAGCCUGUGAAACAAUAUGAAGAGGAGAAAAUAGCCUUUUAAGAAAAUUGGCCCACAAAAAGGAUGGCCUUCUUGGACAAUCCAACUAUCAUUCUAGCUCAUAUUCGACAGUCACAUGUGACCAGUGAUGACACAGGAAUGUGUGAGAUGGUUCUCAUUGAUCAUGAUGUUGACCUAGAGAAGAUUCAUCCUCCUUCAGUGCCUGGAGACAGUGGGUCAGAAAUUCAGGGAAGCAAUGGUGAGACUCAGGGCUAUGUAUAUGCCCAGUCAGUCGAUAUUACCUCAAGUUGGGACUUUGGUAUUAGAAGACGCUCAAAUACAGCUCAAAGAUUAGAACGACUCCGAAAAGAGAGACAAAACCAGAUCAAAUGCAAAAAUAUUCAGUGGAAAGAAAGAAAUUCUAAGCAAUCAGCCCAAGAGUUAAAGUCACUGUUUGAAAAAAAGUCGCUCAAAGAGAAACCUCCAAAUUCUGGAAAACAGUCAAUAUUAUCUGUACGCCUGGAGCAGUGCCCUCUGCAGCUGAAUAAUCCCUUUAACGAGUAUUCCAAAUUUGAUGGCAAGGGCCAUGUAGGCACAACAGCAACCAAGAAGAUCGAUGUCUACCUCCCCCUGCACUCGAGCCAGGACAGACUGCUGCCAAUGACCGUGGUGACAAUGGCCAGCGCCAGAGUGCAGGAUCUGAUUGGGCUCAUCUGUUGGCAGUACACAAGCGAAGGACGGGAGCCGAAGCUCAAUGACAAUGUCAGUGCCUACUGCCUGCAUAUUGCUGAGGACGACGGGGAGGUUGACACGGAUUUCCCACCGCUGGAUUCAAACGAGCCCAUUCAUAAGUUCGGCUUCAGUACUUUGGCCCUGGUUGAAAAGUAUUCAUCUCCUGGUCUGACAUCCAAAGAGUCGCUCUUUGUUCGAAUAAAUGCUGCUCAUGGAUUCUCCCUUAUUCAAGUGGACAAUACGAAGGUCACCAUGAAAGAAAUCUUGCUAAAGGCAGUGAAGCGAAGAAAAGGAUCCCAGAAAAUUUCAGGCCCUCAGUACCGCCUGGAGAAGCAGAGCGAGCCCAAUGUCGCCGUGGACCUGGAGAGCACUUUGGAGAGCCAGAGCGCCUGGGAGUUCUGCCUGGUCCGCGAGAACAGUUCAAGGGCAGACGGGGUUUUUGAGGAGGAUUCGCAAAUUGACAUAGCUACAGUACAGGACAUGCUGAGCAGCCACCAUUACAAGUCAUUCAAAGUCAGCAUGAUCCACAGACUCCGAUUCACAACCGACGUGCAGUUAGGUAUCUCUGGAGACAAAGUAGAGAUAGACCCUGUUACGAAUCAGAAAGCCAGCACUAAGUUUUGGAUUAAGCAGAAACCCAUCUCAAUCGAUUCUGACCUGCUCUGUGCCUGCGACCUUGCCGAAGAAAAAAGCCCCAUAUCUUCAUCAAAUUAAUUCAUUGACUUAAUCUAAAAAGUUCAUCUUCAAGACCAUCAUCAGACCACAGAAUUAAUCUACAGGGCUUCUUCUUCUGCUUCUUCUUUUUUAAAGGAUUAAUGGUAACCCUUUUUAUCUUUUAUGUCUGUUGAACCUUAGAAAAAAGUUAUUUUAACAGCACUAAAGAAAUGAAAGUCACUAUAUUUCAUAAGUUUAGCCUGUGAUUUUUAUCAGCAUAGUGAUGUAUGUUUGUAGCUGAGUUUACAUCAAAAAUUAUUCUUGGGGCCUUCUUGAAUGAAUUAUGGCAAAGAGAGAGAGUCUAGAAGUAGAUAAGGUUUUUGAUUUCUGCAAUAUAUUUCCUUUUUCAUGUUUUUAUCUCUCAACACAAGUGUCUUGCCGAAGACUGGAACGUGUGACCAACUGGAAUAAUUUAGUUGUGAAAACAGAGCAGAUGUGUUAUUAAACAGCCUUCUUUACAAAAAGGCAUUAAGUGUUGGGAGGAUAAUGAAGUUGUCCCCAGUCUUACUGGAAACAUGUUUGUCAGAAUUUUGAACAGAAAUGGUCUUUAAAACCUUCAAAUAUGGCCAGUUUGCAGUGUUUAUUGAGAAAGCUGCUGUCAAACCAUUAAUUUGGUCGUCAUAAGGAACACAACUCAAGUUUAAUUGAUGCCAUAUCCAAAAAGUAUGUGAAUAGCUGACUUGGCAAGGGGACCGAGCAUUAGAGUGCCUGCAGUGAAACACAUAAUUACAUAUAUUGUGGAAUCAGAAAGACCCAGACUCUGAAGCCAUGCUCCAUAAAUAGCAGUUCUCUGGCUCUCUUUCCUGCCCCUAACUUCUCCCUCUUAGGCCAUGUUCUCAUAGGGAAGAUUUAUGGCUCUGUCCCUGUGAGUGUUUAAGGACCUGGAACUUAAUGACUAAAUAGAUACAUGCCUUCAAAAAAUUGUGCCUAUAAAUAUGGACUCUUUACAAAAAUUGAGAAAAAUCAGUGUAUCAAAAACCCUGAGAAAUUAAGAAUAAAUUCUGCCUUUCUAGAUUUAGGGGGGGAAAAAAAAAAAAGCUGUGUGCUUCCAUUAUUAUUCAAAUCAGUGAUUUCUCAGUCUGAUUUUGCUGCUCCUUUAGGAUCUCUUUUGCUGUUUUGAAGGAUGUCACAAACCUCUGGCAGAUGAAUUAAUUCUGAUUCAUUUUAACUGAACAAAGAUGUAUACGGCACAUAGGAAAGGAAAAUGUUUCCAUAUCAGAAACUACCAUGAUUAAAUUGUCUCCGAGAUAAUCCUCCAUCCUUAUCCGGGUCUCGAUGCAGGCUGUAAAUGCAGCGGGGUGCUCUUGUGAGUGCCCGCCUCAAAUUCCGACACUGAAACAAAAGCAAGGGACCUUUCUGUGAAAUUAGCACCCAUCGGGGUCUCUCAGGCUGUAUUUAAAUAAAGCACCAGACUCAACCAUGCCAGGUCUGGUUUUAUCAUAAGAAGGUUGUGAAGGUUUAGAGUCUUUAAAGGAAGCAGCCUGUCAUUAAGAAAUCAGAUUUAAACCUUAAUAAAGUAGCUGUCGUCUUUAUAGCUGAAAAGAGCUCUGUAUCUCAAUUAAGUAUAGAUAAUAUAAAAUCUUAAGGAAGCAACAUAAUAGAGGUAACCUGAUUACGUUCUCUUGCAAUAGUGUAAUUUAAAGGAAAUCGGAUUCUGUCGAUGCAGGUUAUGUUGGUAGGGCAUAUUGUUUGUUUGGUGUUUGGGUCCAAAAACACUGUUUGAAUACAGGGCAGGAACUCUGGGAGGGUGGCUAACCCCUGCAAGAGACUGUUAAGCCCUCGUGAAUAGAACCUGCUGUAUAUUUGAGAUGAGAUUCGGUUAAGGUUACGCGUCAAAUGAGCUGGGCCUAUUGGUGACCACCCCCCCCACACACACACACUUAAAUGAAUCUUUCUUUUCAUAAGUACUUGACAAGAUCUGUAAAGUAGUGUAUUUAAUUUACUAAUUAAAUUAAAGCUGCUGAAUAAUGAUUUGUCCACAUUGAUUUAGCUUAAAUAGAAAAGAUCAGCAUCGUUGUGAUCUUCAGCAUCCUUAAUGGCCGAGCCAGUUAGACACAAAGGCCUCUUGUGUUUCGUAGGUCAGAAGUACAUAGGUAAGCCCAGGCUGUAAUUGAAUUGCCUGCACUGCACCCUGCAGUCGCAGAUUUCCUUUGCCUCCCCGUUCCAUUGUUGCACUGGGGCUUAAGAGAAUGUUAACGCGGUAAUAGGCACAGGGCCUUCCCCAUUAUACGUCUUGCUAUCGAGCGGUUCUGCAUGACUAGUUAAAGAAGAUGGCAAGAAGAUUAAUGAAAGCAAGGCUAAUACAGAAGGGGGUACUUUUGCAAGACUUCUACCGAGGAGAUAUUAGAGCUGAACCAGAGCUUGGCUUUUUCUUUAUCCCGUGACCUUUGAACCUGCCUCACUGUUGAGAGCUGCCAGGGAAGUCGACAUUUUGAUUGAUGUUGGUACACGAGUCAGUCUUUCCCAUUGAAUUCCACAUCUGCCCGAAAAUAGCUUUUCCAGCAGAAUUCAUACUGGCUAGAAGUGAUAGUCAAAUUGAUGGCUGAAAUGCUUUUAUGUAGUUUUCAUUUAAACCUGAAGGUAUUUGAUGGUUUAAUUCAAUAUCCCGUUUUCAUAGAUUAUGAGCAUUCACUUAUGUGUUCUUAAUGGGUUUAUCAACUCCUGGUGAAAGACCAGUAUUAAAGAGUAUUCAAAGGUUUGCAAACAGAGCUCCAAGGAGGCUUUACGGGGAGUAAAAGCAGUCAUCAAGCAAAUCCUCCUCCAUCCUUAAAAAAGAAAGAUCAGUCUGAGGGCCCAGGCAAACUGACCUCAGGGUUUUUAGAAAUAAAGCGGAGUGUCUGUUUUUGGAAAGCUAUCCAGCGGGACGUCUGAAACCUUGCCUCUGUACCCCACCUGAGCCCAGGCUUAGAGGCUCUCUUGAUCCAUCCAGAUGCUGGGUCCCGGACCUUGACCUUGGGACACUUGCAUCCAUGUGAAAGAGAUUGUUACCAUCUACUUAUAAGACAGUGCAGUGCAGACGCAAACCUCUUCAUGUGGCCUCACUGAUGCUGUUAGCUUGUUUGUGGACCUGCAGGCCUGUGUGUGUGUCUAUCUGUCUGUCUGACUGUCUGACUGUCUGACUGUGCCUGUGUGUGCAUCCACGCUCCUCCUCCCAACAAAGGAGAGUGGGGAGACUGGCAGAAGGACUCAGGUUUUGUUACUAAAAUUGACUUGGGACAUUGAGCCCAUACAUUGAGUCCUCUGACCACUUGAUCUCUCUUCUCCCUACUUGACAGGAGUAGUUCCGGCAGAGAAAACACACACACACACACACACACACACACGCAUUGUUGAGACAGUUAUCCCAGUUCCUAAAGGAAGAGGUACCCAGGACUUUGUCCUGUUCUUUAGCCACUUGUGAGGAUGUGUGAAAGGGAAACGAGGGUGAGCAUCUAGCUACCAUCGGGUGAAAGCCACACCCUGCGGUGGCGGGUGGUGACGUCCACGGCCACGCUGAAGCACUGGACGGCCCAGUAAGGAAGGCGCUGGCAUUUGUACUCACAUCCUCAGGCUCUCGUGGAUUCCCAGGAGGUCCAGGCGCUUCAGACAUCAGGUGGGCAAGCUGUGUUGUGUUUUUAUUCUCUGACAAGGACUUAUUUUGUAAGUUCCAGAUCAAAUACGGUAAGUACUGCUCAAUUACAGAACACAGCAGACUCUCGCGUAUUAAAUGCCCCAGUUAUUGAAUUGCCUUUUCAUAAGGGUACUCUGGAGCACAAUCAGGAGCAGGCAGUGCCUCGUCCUUUUAACAGAUAUGUUUCCUAGCCCUAUUAAAAGGGGUCUUCAUCUAUCCUGUCAAAGGGAGUCUGCUGGGGUUUUUUAGUUUAAUUACACUAUCCAAUUAAAACUCCUUGCCGCAUUUGGAUGCGCCUCUCCUUGGGCCUGAGUGGAUAUGACAUUUACAAGGCUCGCCUUUCAAGCAGACAAUAGUGUGAUUGAUGAGGUGCACGUUCAGUGAAGGAGGCGAGUGCCUGUGGAAGUGCUGCUUAGUGCAUUUUGAUUUAUUCAUCAUCUUCUUCCAAAACAAGGGAGCUGCCUGGGAGAUGGGUUUAGGCAACCAGGGGGACCACCUGAGUUCUUCCAAGUGUGUGGGAGGGAGAGACCUGGACCGUAUCUCAGGCUAUAGGUGGAAAAACACCGUAAGCCUGGGGCCAGCUUGCAUCUUUUAAUGCCAGAGUGCAUUCUUGGGUUCUCUGACCCAGUUUGGAUUCCAGUAACCUCAAGCUGUGAUCUUCUGUUAAAUAGGCCAUCACUGUGUUGCAGGGAACAGUUGUUAGGGCCGGAUGACAUUGGCCAGACCUCUGAGAACUCAGCCUGUGGUGUGGGAGGCAGCACCACGUGUGUCCCAUUGACUGACCUGGUCAUUAUUAACUGACACCUGACAUUUGCACUGGCCAUGCCCAUGUAUGCUCCCAACUACAUCCUCCAGAAGUCUAGCAGCUUCUGUCCAGGGGCUUCAGCCAGUGCUCAGUGGCUCUUUUCUCACUCUGCCUGGCCUUAUUCAGCAUUUAAAAGUUGCUUCUAGAAUUUGGAAUCAGCCAAGAGCAAGUGUGGCUCUUCAGCAAAGAGACACAGAGGCACGUUGGAGAACGUCUCAAAGUUGUAGUGAAAAGGAAAACCCAGUGUCUUUGUUUUUAACAUACUACCCUGUGUAUCCUCAGCAUGUGAUAGAUGGGACCAGCACGCUUGUCUGUAGUUCCUGGAAAAGAGGUGUGUAGUACAGUGUGUGGUCUCUGGAAGGGUCAACACUCUUUGAAUUUAGGAGGCAGCUGAUUCUACUCUGAGCCCUAGACAGAUGAUAAGAACAACACACCUCCCAUGCUUCUUCUUAUCAGGUACUGCAGUCGCUCAUAGGGGCCUUGGGGCUGUUCGCUAACUAUUAACAUGUAAGAAUGUGUUUGUGAAGAAAAUUGGCUGGUACUGAGAUAUUCAGUGGGUUUUCUUACAUUCUCUGUAAAUUUUCUUCAUUUUGCUUUGACUUACAAGAGAGUUUCUUUGUGUUAAUUGGAAUAUUGAUAGCUGUUAGAGUAGAAAACAUUUUGUGGGUACCAACCCUUUUUCCUCCAGAAUUCUUUUUACUUUAAAGUUUUCAUUUAAUUCUUGCCUCGGGCCUUAUAGACCCAUAACAAAAUAGAUAUGUCGGUAUAAUGGAAACUUUGCAUAUACAUUUACGUUUGCCUAGAUUUUGAUUACCAUCUCCUCAGAUUCUUUUUUUUCCUCUUGAUUUUAACAUCAGAAGCGAUCCUAAUUGAGAAGAGGGUAAGGGCAGGGAUUGUUUCCUGCUGAAGAAAUCUGUGUGAAAGAUUUCUCAGCUGGAUAAAUGAUGGAAAAAUCUGUUUCCCUUGCCUCCUGCCAAGCUCCAAACUGUGUUUUCAUAAUAAAUAAAUGGAGUGCUUAGAUUUUAAGUUAUUCUUAUAGACAUGGAAAAAGUAAACCAUUCUUUCAUUAAAAUCAAAAUAUGUAUUGCUUACAAGACUCCCAUAAGCAACUUCCAAGAUAAGUUAACUGCUACCAGAUUAGCCCUUCUAUCAUAAAUGAUGGGAAAACUGCACAAAAUAUAAGAAACUGUUUGCAGACAUUGGAAAAACAGGCAGUACAGGACUCUGAGCCCUCAGAGAAGGGAAACAAAGGAGGUGAGACCUCCUAUCACUUCCGCCUUCUUCCAGGGUUUCCCAAGGAAAAUAUAGCAGUCUCACCGAGCUGGGGGACACAGAUCAGAGUUGCAGGAACUGAAAUUCAGCAGAUGAGAUCUGCAAAGUUAAGUAUGGGGAGGUGUGACCUAUACCGAGAAAGAGCUCUAGAAAGAGCCCUUCUCAUCUGUUGUAUACUCAGCUAGGCAUGCCUGUGGUGAAUUUCAUCAGAAGUCUGGUCAAAGAACAGCUACUGGGGAGCUAUGAACUAGAGUUCUGGCCAGUCAGAGUGGAGAAUCCAGAGCAUUUAAUAGUGACUCUAGAAAGGCCACAUUUGGAGUACCCAUCGUGGCACAGCAGAAACAAAUCUGACUAGGAACCAUGAGGUUGUGGGUUCGA